AUGGAAACCCUGAAAACAUUCGGCGACAUAUCCCAUUACCGCCUGAAUCAAGAUAAAACCCAGGCCCUUCCCGUCGGACUCACACUAACCACCAAAACAAUACUGAAAGAUAACUACCCCUUUGACUGGAGAAAGACAUCGCUAACAUACCUAGGCGUAAAAAUAGCACCAACGAUAGCAGAAAUCCUGAAACUAAAUUACCUUACGCUUCCCCAACAGUGCAAAAGAGACCUACAAAAAUGGUCUCAGACGCAUAUCUCCUGGCUAGGAAAAAUUAACGCAUACAAGAUGAUGCUACUGCCCAAACUUCUCUACAUAUUUAGAAUGCUUCCCAUCCAAGCCCCACAAACACUCUUCAACUCCCUACAAAACAUCUGCAGCUCAUUCAUAUGGGGGAACAAGAAACCGCGCAUAUCCCGCGCUUUACUCUACAAACAUCCUACAAAAGGAGGAGUGGGGCUACCCAACCUAAACCAGUACUACAAAGCCACGAUGCUGGCAUCGGGCAUACUAUUGCACUCAAAUCAAGGUAUCAUCCAAUGGGUAGACAUGGAAAAAGCCCAGUUGGAUAAGAACGCAAUGCUAGACUACCUAUGGACACCGAAAAAACAUAGACCAGCCAAACCAAACCUAUACCCCACCACAACACUGACCGUCCACAUUUGGUCUAAAUUCCUAGACACAGUAGGGGCCAAAGAAAAAUUCCACCCCAACGCCCCUCUAACCGCCUUAAGAGCCAUAUCACCAGACAUGCGUCUACAGACUUGGGUACAUGCAGGCAUUAAACAUACUCACCAGAUAAUGCGAUCGCAAGAAAUAUUACCCUUCACAGACAUACAAACGAAAUGGGAAUUGCCAUCAAACGCUAUUUUCACAUACUUACAACUGAAAGGGAUCAUCCACACACAUGUAAACAAACAACAACAAUCCCCUGAACAGGGUCCCCUUCCAUCAAAGGCAGUAAUAGAAAGAUGCUGGAAAAGCCCUAUGAAGAAGAACAGUAUUUCCCUCUGUUAUAAGACAUGGGAUAAUACCUUGCCCAACGCAGCACCACAUUGCAAAGCAAUGUGGGAAACAGAAUGCACUAUCCAACUUACAGAUGACGAAUGGAUUCAUGCAUUGAACGCCAUAUCUAAAUGGACUAAGUGCUACACCCAUAUAGAAGCACAUAGGAAAUUACUGUACAGAUGGCAUUUAACUCCCUACACACUCCAUAAAAUUUACCCCAACACGUCUCCUCUCUGCUGGAGAUGCUCGGCGGAGAUAGGUACACAUACGCACAUAUGGUGGUCAUGCCCCAACAUACAACCCCUCUGGGUAGAAGUACAAAACACUCUAACUGCCAUUAAUGUCCCUCACAGAGGACAUCACCCCGAACUAUUCCUACUUAUGCGUUACACCCCAUCAUUUAAAUAUGCACACAAACAACUGAGUGCAAUUACCAUCUUAGCAGCUCGUAAUUUGAUAGCUUGCAACUGGAAAUCCACACUUUGUCCUACCAAAGCCACAUUAUGGGAUAAAAUACAGCAAUACUACACGUAUGAACGAAUGACCGCUCCUGACGCAAAAACAACACAAAGAUUCCACACGACCUGGGCCCCCUGGGUAGCGUUAUAUGACAACAAACCAUAA